GUAAACCCUAAAUUAUUAUUUUUUAUUUUUGGUAAUUCGAGUACGAUGGCCACCGGAGCGACCCAGAAUCCGACUCAGCAAACGAAGCUACGAUGGGGGGAAUUAGACGAAGACGACACGGGGGAUUUAGAUUUCUUGUUACCACCAAAGCAAGUAAUCGGACCCGACGAGAACGGGAUCAAGAAAGUGAUAGAGUACAAGUUCAACGAUGAGGGAAACAAGGUUAAAAUUACGACGACUACCCGGGUCCGAAAGCUCGCCAAUGCUCGACUCAGUAAACGAGCGGUGGAGCGAAGGUCUUGGCCCAAGUUUGGGGAUGCUGUGAGGGAAGAUGUUGGUAGCCGACUCACUAUGGUUUCCACUGAAGAGAUCCUUCUUGAACGACCUAGAGCCCCUGGUAGCAAAGUAGAAGAAACAAAGGUUUCUGGAGAUUCCUUGGCUCAACUAGGGAAAGGCGGUGCAGUUCUUAUGGUGUGUAGGACAUGUGGUAAGAAGGGUGAUCACUGGACAUCAAGGUGCCCAUACAAGGAUCUUGCUCCACAGGCUGAGGGAUUCCUCGAUAAGCCUGCAGUAUCUGAAACUGCAACUGCUGCUACUGGCUCAGGCAAGAGUACAUAUGUUCCUCCAGGUAUGAGAGCAGGAGCGGAGAGAAGUGGAACUGAUAUGAGACGCAGAAAUGAUGAGAACUCGGUCCGAGUCACUAACCUCUCUGAGGAUACUCGGGAACCUGACUUGCUUGAGCUUUUCCGGCCAUUUGGUGCAGUAAGUCGAGUUUAUGUUGCUGUUGAUCAGAAGACAGGCAUGAGUAGAGGUUUUGGUUUUGUUAACUUUGUGAACAAGGAAGAUGCCCAGAGGGCUAUAAACAAACUGAAUGGCUAUGGUUAUGACAAUCUCAUCUUGAGAGUUGAAUGGGCUACACCUAGGACAAACUAGAUUGUGUUUUUAAUUUAGGUUUUAUUACUAAAUAAAAAUUUUGGCCGGUUCUUGAUCCUUUCAAUGUUUAGAUUUCCUUAGAUAUAUCCAUGCCUGUUUAAGAUUUUGUGUUCUAGUUAGCUAACUUCUAAUUGUAUCUGACUUGCUGUGUAUUCUUCUUUUUCUUAUCUAAUAUGAUGUGGUUAGCA